ACGACCCCCGCCAACAGAGGAAAAGGAGUACAGCAAAACAACACAAUCAAUAAAACCGGGAUACAGCAACCAAAUGAAACCAACAACAAGCUGGGAGCCCUCACUUCCAACUACAACCACCUGAACCAGAAUCCAGAUUUUACCGAUUUUGGUCAAGAUCAUUUUUGCCCGACACAGUCUAUCUUUGACCUUCAGCACGACUGGAAAAUACAUCAGCUAGCUGAGUUUGGAUGCACUGAGUCGCCCCUACCUCAAGGAAAAUUCAGUCACCUGCCGCUGAGGCAGCCUUUCACCGCUCAAGUCUCCACCAAACCCGAGUGUAGCACAGACUCCAGCCCCGGACGAAUCAGCGGCUCGCCAGUGUCGCCAGUGGGGGAGGUUGAAGCCGAUGUGGAGACUGCCGCGUCGCCAUCGCCCACUUCCGUAAAUCCAAACAAGGUUAAGAUCCAAAUGGACUCCCUCAUCACCCAUCAUAUAAAUAACGGCAAUGGCAGUGGCACCGGCAAUAUGUUGGCCGGAAGUCUAGGGGGCGGUUUUCCAAACCUCCAGAACCAAGAGAUGCAGAACCCGAGUGGCGGCUCAGCUUCACCUCCACUCCAUGGAUUCGGAACCCCGUGGUCGGUUCAGACCAGCUCCCCACCACCCGUCUCCAACUCGGCCAACCCUAUCCACCACGCAAAUGCGAUUAAUCAGAUGGCUCAUACCGACCCAGACAACAGUUUUUAUCCCGGUAUCCCCUCCUCCAUCAACCCAGCCUUCUUCCAGAGUUUUUCUCCGGUGUCGGCUAAUCCGUGCCCCGGGAUUAACGUGCAGGGCUUCACCAGUCCGUUCUCGCACCAGAUCAACGCCCCUCAGCAGACGCAGCAGAGCCGCCGGUCCCCAGUCAGCCCCCAGAUGCACCCCCAGCACCAGCAAGGCGUCUUCCUGCAGCAGAGGAACAACUACAACCAUCACCACCAGCCGAUGGUGAAGCAAUCUCCCUGGGGGGGCAGUCACCAGGGGAGUGGUUGGAGCUCUGGUGGUAUGUCCUGGGGUCGGGACCACCGUCGUGGUGGAGGCAUGGGCAUCCCGGGCUCUGUCAGCCAGGUUUCCCCCAUGAAAAAACCCUUCUCCAGUAACGUCAUCGCACCGCCCAAGUUCCCCCGUUCCGCCGGCCCCAUGGGCCCCAAGGCCUGGAUUGAGGAGAACAUGUUCCGAACAGACAGUAACAGUAACACGCUUAUGCCUCUCCAGGAUCGAUCUAGAAUGUACGACAGUCUAAACAUGCACUCACUGGAAAGCUCUCUGAUUGACAUCAUGCGGGCGGAGCAGGAUCCAAUGAAGGGCCGUGUGGGAUGCCCUCACCCCGGAGCCGACGGCCUGCUCAUGCUCAAUGCAAGGAGCUAUGGGAGACGUCGAGGCCGCUCGUCCCUAUUCCCCAUUGAAGACAGCCUCCUUGAUGACGGGCACGGUAACCAGGGCGUCCCAGGGCUUGACACUAACUGUUACCCCCACCCAAACGGGGAGCGCAUUGAGCGUUUCUCCCGCAAAGUGUUUGUGGGCGGCCUUCCCCCUGACAUAGAUGAAGAUGAGAUCACCAACAGUUUCCGUCGCUUUGGCCACCUGGUGGUGGACUGGCCACACAAGGCUGAGAGCAAAUCCUACUUCCCCCCGAAAGGUUACGCCUUCCUGCUGUUCCAGGAGGAGAGCUCAGUGCAGGCUCUGAUCGAGGCCUGCAUGGAGGAGGACGGCAAGCUCUACCUCUGUGUCUCCAGCCCCACCAUCAAAGACAAGCCUGUCCAGAUUCGUCCAUGGAACCUGAGUGACAGUGACUUUGUGAUGGACGGCUCUCAGGCUCUGGAUCCUCGAAAGACCAUCUUCGUAGGAGGCGUUCCCCGCCCUCUCAGAGCAGUGGAGUUGGCCAUGAUUAUGGACCGUCUCUAUGGGGGGGUCUGCUACGCUGGCAUCGACACCGAUCCAGAGCUCAAGUACCCAAAAGGGGCGGGGCGCGUGGCCUUCUCCAAUCAGCAGAGUUACAUCGCUGCUAUCAGCGCCAGAUUCGUCCAGCUGCAACAUGGAGACAUUGACAAGCGGGUGGAGGUGAAGCCCUAUGUUCUGGAUGACCAGCUUUGUGAUGAGUGCCAGGGGGCACGUUGUGGGGGGAAGUUUGCCCCUUUCUUCUGCGCCAACGUGACCUGCCUGCAGUACUACUGUGAGUUCUGCUGGGCUAACAUCCACUCCCGCGCCGGCCGAGAGUUCCACAAGCCGCUGGUCAAAGAGGGUGCUGACCGCCCAAGGCAGAUUCACUUCCGCUGGAACUGA